AGCGGGAACCCCGGAGCACAGGCCGAGCCUACCGCGCGGGCCGGAUGCCACGGGAGAAGAUGAAUUUACAACUGAUUUUCUGGAUCGGAUUGAUCAGUUCAGUUUGCUGUGUGUUUGGCCAAGCAGAUGAAAAUAGAUGUUUGAAAGCAAAUGCCAAAUCAUGUGGGGAGUGUAUACAAGCAGGGCCAAAUUGUGGAUGGUGCACAAAUUCAGGUUUGGUUCUUUCGUGGAGAAAACUGUGAUGCCUUACAUUAGCACAACACCAGCUAAACUCAGGAACCCUUGCACAAAUGAACAGAACUGCACGAGCCCAUUUAUCUACAAAAAUGUCCUCAGCCUUACUGAUAAAGGGGACGUAUUUAAUGAACUUGUUGGUAAGCAGUGCAUAUCUGGAAAUUUGGAUUCACCAGAAGGUGGCUUUGAUGCAAUCAUGCAAGUCGUAGUUUGUGAAUCCCUGAUUGGUUGGAGGAAUGUGACACGGCUGCUGGUGUUUUCCACGGAUGCUGGGUUUCACUUUGCUGGAGAUGGGAAACUUGGUGGCAUUGUUUUACCAAAUGACGGACAGUGUCACCUGGAAAACGACGUGUACACAAUGAGCCAUUAUUACGAUUAUCCUUCUAUUGCUCACCUUGUCCAGAAACUAAGCGAAAAUAACAUUCAGAUGAUUUUUGCAGUUACUGAAGAAUUUCAGCCUGUUUACAAGGAACUGAAAAAUUUGAUCCCUAAGUUAGCAGUAGGAACAUUAUCUGCAAAUUCCAGCAAUGUGAUUCAGUUGAUCAUCGAUGAGAUGAGAUGAGAUCACCUUUCUUCAGAAGUCAUUUUGGAAAACAGCAAAUUACCGGAAGGAGUAACAAUAAAUUACAAGUCUUACUGCAAGAAUGGGGUGAAUGGAACAGGGGAAAAUGGGAGAAAAUGCUCUAAUAUUUCCAUUGGGGAUGAGGUUCAAUUUGAAAUUAGCAUAACUGCAAAUAAAUGUCCAAAUAAGAACUCUGAAACCAUUAAAAUUAAGCCUCUGGGCUUCACUGAGGAAGUGGAGAUUAUCCUUCAGUUCAUCUGUGAAUGUGAGUGCCAGGGUGAAGGCAUCCCGGGAAGCCCCAAGUGCCACGACGGCAAUGGGACCUUCGAGUGUGGGGCCUGCAGGGGCAACGAGGGACGUGUCGGGAGACACUGUGAAUGUAGCACAGAUGAGGUGAACAGCGAAGACAUGGAUGCCUACUGCAGGAAAGAAAACAGUUCAGAAAUCUGUAGCAACAAUGGAGAGUGUGUCUGUGGACAGUGGUGUAGGAAGAGGGACAAUACAAAUGAAAUUUAUUCUGGCAAAUUCUGCGAGUGUGAUAAUUUCAACUGUGAUAGAUCCAAUGGCUUAAUAUGUGGAGGAAAUGGUGUUUGCAAGUGUCGAGUGUGUGACUGCAACCCUAACUACACCGGCAGCGCCUGUGACUGUUGUCUGGAUGCCACUUCCUGCAUGGCCGUCUAUGGACAGAUCCGCAAUGGCCGCGGCGUCUGCGAGUGUGGUGCCUGUAAGUGUACAGACCCCAAGUUCCAAGGGCCAACCUGUGAGAUGUGUCAGACCUGCCUUGGAGUCUGUGCUGAGCAUAAAGAAUGUGUUCAGUGCCGAGCCUUCAAUAAAGGAGAAAAGAAAGACACAUGUGCUCAGCAAUGUUCACAUUUCAACAUUACCAAGGUUGAAAAUCGGGACAAAUUGCCCCAGCCAGGCCAGGUGGAUCCCUUGUCCCACUGUAAGGAGAAGGAUGUUGACGACUGCUGGUUCUACUUCACAUAUUCAAUGAAUGGGAACAAUGAGGCCACUGUUCACAUUGUAGAGACUCCAGAGUGCCCCACUGGUCCAGACAUUAUUCCAAUUGUAGCAGGUGUGGUUGCUGGGAUUGUUCUUAUUGGCCUUGCAUUGCUGCUGAUUUGGAAGCUUUUAAUGAUCAUUCAUGACAGAAAGGAAUUUGCCAAAUUUGAAAAGGAAAAAAUGAAUGCCAAAUGGGACACAGGUGAAAAUCCUGUUUACAAGAGUGCUGUGACAACUGUUGUCAAUCGCAAGUACGAGGGGAAAUGAGCACGGCCUGCGUGGGCCGCCGCACUGCAGGCAGAGUGCUUCCAGUCACAGUGAGAGCUUCAGGGCGGUGUCACCGUGGUUCUCUCAUGGGCAGCUUCUGAAAAUGUACCAUAUGUAUAAUUUGAAAAGUUUUUUAUUAUUUUGAAAAUAAUGUUAUAACCAAUGCCAGGGACUGACAAAAGACUUGAGACAGGAUGGUUAUCCUUGUCAUCUAAGGUCACAAUGUGCCUUUUUGACCUUUUCUCCUGGACUAGUGAAAUCCAGCUCUUACUGGAUUAAGCAGUAUUUCUAGAGUGAUUGAAAGGCAGUAGUUAACGAGGAUGGUAUAAGAUUUUCUGUUAAGUGUUAAAACUGAUUUCUAGCUUUGCAGACAUGUCAUUUUUCAGUUAUACAGAAUCCAAAGUAAUGUCCUUCUAGCUAGUUUAGAAUCGUUUUAAAUGUAUUGUUUUGCUAUUUGCCUGUUAGACAUGACUGAUGGCACACCUGAAAGAUGAGUAUGCUAGGAGUUACAGGUGUAAAAUAGUGAAAUAUUUGAUCUGCAAAGGCCAUGGGGAAAGUCAGAGCUAGGAAGGGAAAACAUAGCUUUAAAACCUGUGUGCCAUUUUAAGAGUUACUUAAUUUUGGAAACUUUUAUGCCUUCUCUUUGUAAAUUCAAGUCUUGGGAAAUUUUCUGCAAAAAGUCCUUGAUUUAGCAUUAUCUACAUAAUGGCCUUAAUUUACAUAGUAUUUGCUAAAUUGAGGACCUCUGGGUGAAUUUUAUUUUAUUCAUUUUCUUUUUAAAGCCUGGUGCUUUUUAUCACCUCUUCUAAUCAUUUAAUGUAUUUGUUUGCAAUUUGGGGGUAAGACUUUUAAAAAAUCAGUACUUUUUCAUUGAUGUUUUAGCUGUACAUUUGCCUUUUUAUUGAACAUGUGAAGUUGUACAGUGGCUCAUGCAAUAGCUAUCACUUAAGCAUUUCUUACUUUCCAUUAGUGCUAUAACAGACCACUGUGUAUUUACUUCUCACUGUUUGUGUUUCCUGUUUUGUUUCAUACUAUUCACCUUCUUAUUUUAAGUGCCUUUUAAUUUUAACAGUUCACUUUUUACAAUGCUGUUUUAGUGAAGUUAUUUAUUAAAUAAAGAUGCUUAAAAUAUUUAAAAAAA